AUGGCGUUCCGCUUGCCGACCCUGACCGCUAAGGACCAUUACGCAGCACUCGGGGUGUCUCAUUACGCCGAUCGCAAGGAGAUCCGCACUGCCUACCAUGCUCUUGCGCUCAAGUUCCAUCCUGAUAAGAACGCAGGGGAUCGCUCUGCCCUAACUCAAUUUCAGGAAGUCCAAGAAGCCUACGAAGUUCUGGCGGAUCCUGAACGCAAGUACGAGUACGAUCUCACGUACAAGCCUGCGAGCAACGUCAAGGGCACUAGAGAGCGAGAUCUUGAGGAUGAUGAGCUCAACGAAGACAUAUGGGCUGCUUGGGGUGCAAACUUUACAGGCCGCAAGAGAGCUGCUGGUUCUGCUAGCCCUAGGUUAGCCAUGCAAACUCUCCUGAAGGUCGAACGUACUGACGAUAUUGCCAGCGAGCCCUACUUCCGUGCUCCCGCAUCCGGUCUUCGUUCCAGUUCCCAGCCUCCUCAUACGCCAGCCACCGAGCGGUUUGGCGAUAAAACCUUCGACGUCUCACAUUCGCACGACCAGACAGCUUAUGCGACUCCGCCUUCUUCGCAGCGCUCGGGCACGACUGAUGCGGGCGGUGCUGCGUUCUACUUUGCUUCCGACUCCGAGAAAGACGCCGAUGAGGACCGUCCUAGCUCACCCAGUGCUGGCAAGCACUGGACUUUCUUCGAUUACUACGACACCGAUUACAAUGAGAAGCCUCUCAUCCAAGAUCUGCGCGAUCGAGCCGAGUCCGCCAAGGUCAAAUGGCGCGAAGCUUGUAAGGCUGUCGACAAGGCCAAGGUCGAUGUCAACUAUGCUGGCUCGCCAGACGAGAAGGAAUCACUGCAGCAUGUCUUCGAUGCCAAAAAGGGUACCCGCGAUUCAUGGCAACGUCUGAAGUGGACUAGGGAGUCAAACCUGAAGAGACAUUUGUCUCGAGCAAAAGAGCUCAAGCAAAUUCGGCGCCAGCAGGAUCGUCAGGCUAAAGACGGCCUCAAGAAGCGACAAGUGUGGCUGAAAGAGGUUGAGAGACGACGCAAGGUGGAUUCCCGGGCUGCUGAGGCUGCCCGACGCUUCAGGACUGCUACUCGCCCACGCACUAUGAGGACUGCCAAGCUCAAGACUGGUUACGUUGAGGUUGGUUCCGAUGAUGAGUGGGACGGGGGAGAUGUUUGGAAUCCUUGA